GCGACGUCGGGAAGAAUUGUUCCAGCAUUCCGUACCUUCCCUCUGUGACGUCGGCGUAGAACGUGACAAACAACAACAUCGGCUGCGGAAGGAUGAAUAUCCAAGGCGAGGGACCACGAAGCUUAAUCACCUCAGACGCACGCAAAGAAAGAGAAAACCACGCGAGCGCAAUACUUCCGAUAGCCAUGCGCGAUACGCAGAAGCCGCCGCUUCCAAGGCCCAUGUGGUUGUCUAGGAUCAUCCAUGGUCACCGACUGCCACUGCAUAGGUACUGCCUGCUGUCAGGGCUUCAUCACGAUGCCGGCGUAAAAGAAGGGUCUGACCCGGCUUCCUUCACGGCUCGACGAUUCAUCAACCGUUCUAGGAAACAGUGUCCUGAGCAAGCAUUUAGGGCAUAAUUGUCAUAGAGCAAAUCCACUCUAUGGAGCGAGACAGGCAGAACCCAGCAAGUACAAAGCUCUUGUACGCGGCAGCUUCAAAAAACCCCGGCACAUGAUGAAAUAAGAAACCUUGAUCCC